AAAAACUCUACAUCGAUGACCUCUGAAGCUAUUUUAGAUGACCUCUGAAGCUAUUUUAAAUCAGUUUGGCAUAUCAAGGGGAGAUCAUUUGAAGAAAUGAACGAACAAGGAAGUCGUUAUAAAUUAUAAUACUACAUUGUCAAGAGUGUCUUGUUAACUUCGGAAAUAUUUCAUAAUAUAUUGGGUCGAUUUAAAAGAAAGAACCAGGUGACAAUGGAAUUCUGAAUAGUUCAUCUUCCGUACAGUUUGAAAAUGGAAGGGAUACUAGAAAAACCAUCUUUAAUUCCGGGUAAAAAAACUAAGGUCUGGAGCAUUCUGGAUGAAUCUACUCUUUCUUUCUUCAGGGAAAACAAGAGAUCUUCAUGUAUAGGUUCGAUAGACCUUUCAGAUAUACAAUUUGUCAGAAUAGCAAGUAACUGCCAGUUUGAAAUUAAAACAGAAAAUAAUUCACAAGUAUAUACUGCAGAAUCGAAUGAGAAAUGCGAUGAAUGGGUGCAAAAAUUGACAGAAAACUCAAAAUGUACCACAACUUAUAGUGAGCCGAUAAAGAGCACACCAAGAAAGAGUUCCAUAUUUAACAACAAGGAAGCACCAGGAGAGCAUACAGUGGAGGUCAGAGCAGCUAAGAAUAUUUUUGAAAAAAUAAUGAACGUGCCUCAAAAUAAGAGAGCUGUCUCGAGCAUUCUCACUAAACCUUCUCAGGAACCACUUAAACCAUCCAGAAAGUCGGAUCCCACUAAACUCCAUCCAUGGUCCACUAUAACGGAAGCAAAAACGCACCUGAAUCAUGUUAGUAUUGAACGAGAAAAUAAAACGGAAUCUUUCUUAAAGACAGAAGCUACACUGAAAAAUUCUGUAGAUACCAAAACGAAGAUAACCACAGAUUCAAAGCCUAACGAAAGUGUUCAAAACAAUAGUGGUCAUAGUUUAAAAGCCACGGAGUUUGGCAGUUUGGAACCUGAGCCUGAGGCGAACGUUACACAUUCGCCGAAUUCUUUGAAGGAUAGCGUUGACGACAAAAUAACAACAAAUAUUACAGAUGUAAAUUAUGAAAAUAUUGAAGAGAAAGAUAAAAAUGAAGACUCGAAAACCACUGUUUCAACCAUUUCAGAAAUGGCGUCUGCAAGUAAUAAUCCAGGCGUUUUAAAAACUGAAAACUCUGAACACAAACGGGAUUCUGGUUACAGCACAACCGUUGGUGAGGGUGACCGAAAUAGUCAUGAAAACAAAGUCGACGAGUCUGUUUCUUCUGAAUUUAAACAAGAAACAGAACAAACCCAUAAUAGCAAUUCAUCUGUCACCGAAGAGACAAACAACAAUCAAAAUGAUAUGAACACUUCUGAGCAAACGAUCGACCAUCAAGAUGUUGACGAAGAACCAGUACAAACUAGGGUUGUCAUGCGGAAGUCUAGAUCAGUUGUUAGUGUUAGUCAUGAUGAUACUAUUUCUGUUAUCGAUAUUGAUGAUCAAGAAUACAGGAGUACAGAUAGGAGAAGGACUGGUAAAACGACACAAGAGCAAAAUCCUAGCGAAAAUAAAGACAUGAAAUACGAACCGUCCAUUGACACUGUCGAAAACUCUGAAACCAAUACACUGCCGAACUUGCGUAAGAAGAAAGAAGUUCGGGAGAUAAACAAUACAGGUGGAGACGCUGUGGAUGGAGGAGCAAUUGGAGAACAAGUUGAACCUGUUCCACUGCGCCACGAAAUUGUCGAAAAUUAUAUAGAUAUUGAUAAAAUAAUUUGCCCAGGAAAUUUCCCAAAUGUUCCAGUGCUGCCAAAUAAUGCUCCUAAUAGACAUGAUCUCGUGUCUGUUCAAGAACUUAAAGAUUUUUUGGAAAGUUAUGAUGAAUCCAGUGAUGAACAUUCGGAUAUCGACUCAAUAACCAGUGCUGAGGAUCCAAUCCAAAGACUCUUACGAAUGGUUGAGGUCUAACGGGUUUAUUUUAGACGGAGGACUUCAGUUGAAAGCUCUUAGCAUAGUGGUCUCAUAUGUGGGUGUUUUUUAAAAUGCAAGAAUUAUAAAGAACUGUUCAUUUAUAUCUCAAGACUUGAAAAAAUCCUGCAAUUUUCGUUAUUUUAACUUUUAUUUGAUAUUUUCACUUUAUGUUGAUAGCAAUACCAUUGUAUACUCUCUUAGUUUUUAUAUGUUGACAUAUCAAUCUGAAAAAAAAAGAUACGUCCAAAAAGGCAACUAUUCAUUACAUGUACUUAUGUGAUCUAAGGUAAAAUUAAAUAAAUCAAGAAUUCAAAAUUGUAACUUGAAAAUGGAAGAGUAUGAGUUGAGGAUCAAAAUAAGCUAAAAAUACUCAUAGGUCAUGGAGCUCCUUUUCGAGAUAUUUGAUUUAUAAAAUAUGGCGGGAAAAGGCUGUCGGACUUUUACCUAAUAUUUUCAUUGUUAUUAUUUGGGUCUCAAAUCAAAAGAAAGAAAAUCAAGAAUCUG